CAAAGAGUUGGGCAGAGUCAUUCAUCUUGAUGUUUCAGUGGCACAAGAUUACUUGGUUCUUCAACAGGCUAAAUACGAUUUUUAAAAUAUUUUAAUGGACACACAACAUUCCUAUAUUUAUUAGGUACGUAGAAUAAUUUGGAAGAUGCAUUGUAUGUGAAAUGAACCAAUCAGGGUGGUUAGCAUUUCCUUCUCCUCAAGCAUUAAUCACUUCUACAUAUUGAGGAACUUCAGACUCUUCUAGUUACUUUGAAAUGUUGGAAGGUUUCUGUGGCUACUUUUCCCCUCCCCUGUUACAGACCACCAGAGCUGCUCCUCCUGCCUAUCAGUGUGUGGGAGCGUAGCGUCUUCCCUGCCUUGUCUUCCCUCCCUCCUAAACUUCCUUGUCUCCAGCGACCAUGAUUCCACUCUCUUUCAGGAGCUGUAGCUUCCACACAUGAAUGACAACAGGAGGGAUUUGUCUUUCUGUCCGGGCUUAUCUCACUUAUAAUAAUGAGCUCCAUUUCCAUCCAUGUUUCUACAAAUGGCAGGAUUUCAUUGUUUCUUAGGCUGAAUAAGAUUCUGUUGUGUUUUGUAUCCAUCCUCCUACCAAUGGACAUUUUCUUUUGCUAUUGAUCCCCUGAUGGAUGCCCUGGCAGAUUCCACAUCUUGGGUGUUGUUAACAGUGCUGCAAUAAUCAGAGCUGUGUAGGGAUCUCAGCAUGGAUUCAUUUAUUUUGCAUCUAUAUGCAACAUUGUUCAGCAUUCUCUGUCCACAUCCCUUUCCAAUACCCACCUUCUGUAAAUUAAGUUAAAAUUACCUACACAUUACCUCAUUUGCUUCUCACAAGGUCAUUAUGUAUUGGAUACCAUUAUCGUCACACUUCCAGUUAAAGAAAUGGAGUUUCUGGGUGCUUUACUAUGUUCAUGCAAUCUUAACAAAUACAAUUACUGGGGUGAUAUUUUUGAACUCAGCAAGUUGCUUUAAGCUCUGAGAUCCAAAGAGCUACACAUGGAUCUUCUCUUAACAAGCAUAAUCACAUCUUGGGAUAGAUACUACCAAGGAAACUAUCCUACAGAAGAAAUUAUAAGAAGAACCUUCUUUUUAAAUUUAUUUGUAUGUUCAGUUCACACAUAUUUAAUUGCAUAUAUUUUGGUGAAGACUAAUGCAUCUCUCUCUCUCUCUCUCUUCAUAAAUACAUGUGUAAAUGUUUAAUGACCAAAUUGGGGUAUAUAUCAUACCCAUUGUCCUUGAACAUUUAUCAUUACUAUCGACAGGAUAUCUCAAACUCCUGUUUUCUAACUACUUUGAAAUAAACAAAAAAUAUGGGUAGCCCAAGGCCCACUUCUGUGCUGUGGAACACUAGAAUUUAAUUCUCCUAUCUGUGUUUUUGUACCCAUCAAUUAACCCAUGUAUGUCCUCCCUUCCUUGCUCACCUUCCCAUCCUCGGGUAAGCACUGUUGUGCUCUCAGCCUUUGAGCCACCCUUGUCCCUCUUGGUCUUUCCUCUUGCCACCCUAGUUCUUGUUAGCCCUGGAUAUCUGAAAUGGGCAGUUUCCUUGGGGCCUUUGCAUAGUCUGUACCUCCUACCAGACAAUCUUCCCUGAUGACUUGCUCUUUGUGGCACUUGCUCUUUCUCUCUUCAGAUUUUGUUCAAAUCUGAUUUGUCACUUUCAUUGCUGGUCUUGCCAGAAGUUGAUUUAAAAAAAUCUUUAUCCACUGUCUUGUUUCUUAUCUUCUUUCCUCUUCUUCCAAGCAUCUGUCUUACCUGGCAUGUUAUAUAAUUUUGCAAGUUUGCUUUUAAUUUUUCUCCAUCUUUAUGUUGUAGGGACAUUUGCUUUUCUGCAUGGUUCACACAUUUUCUAGAUUAUUUCUAGAACAUAGUAAAUACUCAGCUUUUGUUCUUCAAGUGCAUUAGGAGUCUCUCACUAUAAUUGUAGAAUACUGAACUAGAGGAAAUGCUGAGAAAUGGGAAGAAUUUUCUAAAAAAUAAAGUUUAGGGUGAUGUCUUGAGAGGAGACCAGAUUCAGAUAAAAUAUAAAAAUGAUGUCUUUACUACAAAAACAUAUGAGAGCGAAAUAGAAAUUAAAUAGUAAUGCAUCUCUCUCUCUCUCUCUCUCUCUCUCUCUCUCUCUCUCUCUCUCUCUCUUCCACUAAUUGUCAAGCCACCACAUGAAAUCAAGGAAUGACACACAGAUUUCAGAAUUUAUUCUUCUGGGAUUUUCAGAGGACCCAGAACUGCAGCCCCUCAUCUUUGGGCUGUUCCUCUCGAUGUACCUGGUCACUGUGAGGGGGAACCUGCUCAUCAUCCUGGCCACCAUUUCAGACUCCCACCUGCAUAUGCCCAUGUACUUCUUCCUCUCCAACCUGUCCUUUGUAGACAAAUGCUUCACCUCCACCACCAUACCCAAGAUGCUGGUGAACAUCCAGACACAGAGCAAGGCCAUUACCUAUGCGGGUUGCAUCACCCAGAUGUACUUUUUCAUACACUUUGCAGGGCUGGACAUCUUUCUUCUGACUGUGAUGGCCUAUGACCGAUAUGUGGCCAUCUUUCACCCCCUGCACUACACAGUCAUCAUGAACCAUGGCCUCUGUGUGUUGCUGUUUCUGAUGUGCUGGACCUUGAGUUUCCCAAAUGCUCUGUUACAAAGCUUAAUGGUGUUGCGACUGUCCUUCUGCACAAAUGUGGACAUCCCCCACUUCUUUUGUGAACUUAACCAGGGGUUCCACUGUGCUUGUUCUGACACUUUUCUCAAUGACAUAGUGAUAUAUUUUUCAUCUUUACUUCUGGCUUGCUGCUCCUUCACUGGCAUCCUGUACUCUUACUGUAAGAUCGUGUCCUCCAUCCGUGCAAUCUCAUCAGCUCAGGGAAAGUACAAAGCCUUCUCCACCUGUGCAUCUCACCUCUCUGUGGUCUCUUUAUUUUAUGGCAAAAGCCUGGGUGUGUACCUCAGUUCUGCUGUGACCCCAAACUAAUGUUCUACUGCAACAGCCUUGGUGAUGUACACUGUGGUCACCCCCAUGAUGAACCCCUUCAUCUAUAAUCUGAGGAAUAAGGACAUUAAGAGUGCUCUGAGAAGACACUUGGGAGGGCAACUGUAGACAGUACAUUUCCUUCUUUGCCUGGUGAGUCCACUUAACAUGGUGUGCUCCAAUUCCAUCCAAGUUGUGCUGAAUGACAGAACUUCAUUCUUUUUUUUUUUUGACUGAAUAAUAGUCGACCAUGUGCUUCUACUACAUGUAUUUUUCUGUUCUUCAGCCAAUGGACACCUUGGUUGAUUUCUCAUAUUGACUAUUGCAAAUAGGGCAGUCAAUUGUAUAUGCAGGUUGAUCAUAGAUUUUCUUACUCUAACUCUUUUUAUUUUGUUACUGGAAUUUAUACAACAAAGCAGAAAUAUUAUAAUGUGCUUUCUGUUUGUGUCUCAAAUCAUAGUUGUCUCCCUGUUUCACUGUGCAAGUCAAAGGGUUUCUUGGUUCUAGAACCUUGAAGUGCCUUGAAGUGCUGCAGCCUUGAAUGGGGUUCACCAUCAUCACCCCCUAAAGGAGCUUCCUCAGCCACAACCUGUGGAAUAAAGACAUAAAGCUGGCCCAAAAAUAUUCUUUGGAAAGAAAGUAUUUUUCAGGAUGUAAAAGUGAUUCUGAUGGCUAAGCCCAAAGCUUCAAGCCAGAAAUGGUGAUUCUCUGUCAGGUGGUGGGAGGAGAGCCUAUCUUUCCCUUUAUAUCCCAUAGUUUCCUUCUCUAUCUUCAUUAAUAUUCUGCUUUCUCUGAUUCUCACACGUUUCUUCCUCUGGCUACCCUCCUGCUUUCCUGCAGUUAUUUCUUGUGUUGCAUCAGAAAAUAUAUGAAAAUUCCGGUUUUGUUUAAUAUGAUAUUUUGUGCACCAUUAUUACAUCCUGUCUAUGACAAAGCGAUGGGAGUGUGUAAGGCAGCCAGUUCUCAUGGAGUGACAGGGAAUGUGACCAUGAGAGGUUACCAUCGAACUGAGCUUAUGCGUUACAAAUAUAUUUCCUGUUUAUCCAAGAUGGCCCUGGGAGGAGUCCCAGCAGAGCAGCAUUGGGAGGAAUAAACUCCCAUGAUGGGCUGAUGGGUGGGUGGAUGGGUGGAUGCUUGAAUACGUGGGGGAGGAGGAGUGAGUAGAGGGGAAGACAUGUAAGAAAGCAAAAGUAUCAGAAAGUUUCUUGCAGA